AUGGGCGACCCCAAACAGGGCCAUUUCUGUGCCACUGAUGCACGAAACGACAGCAAUCAGAACCCCGUCAAUGGUAUCCCUGGAGGACUAGGUCAAAUUUGCGCCUCCUACGAUCUAGGCGGCGGCGUCAGCCUGGGUGAUUCAUUCGUCAUACAUUCUAUCGCUGCCUUCUCCCCAGGCCGGAGCCAUAGGGAUGACGCGACCCUUGAUGCUGAACUCGCAGCAGCAGCUUUAACAGUCACAGAAGUACUACCAGUAUGUAUCACUAUGGAAAAUGUGUCCACCGGGACUUUUUCAUCACUACCAUACCCGUCACAUAACGUCCUCGACAAAUCAAGAAAAACUCAUCCCCUUGACAACCCACCAUGGUUCUUAGUCAACGCAGUAGCGUCACGAAAACAUUGCGUUCUAGGCCAGAAUAGCAUCGUGGAAUCACUGCUUAUGGUUCUUCGUCAACCAUGGUGUGUGCUUGAGAUCUGCUGCUGCGAGACACAUAUCAUCACCGCUGUUUAUAAAUUUGUAACGACUGCCGAUAAGGCUUACACUGGGAUUUACACUGUCGCUAUCAGACUAUUGUCUUAUGAAAUGAUGAAAAGGUCUGCGGCGGGUAGUUCUAAAGGCCUUGGGCACGCAAUUUUCUGGCCGCAUAAAUCCUGGGAUUAUUGGCUGGCGCACAAUACUACUCUGGCUAAUAUCAGGACGCUUUACACAAACCUCUUUUUCCAUGGGCGCCAAUCUCGUAACCCAUUUUGGUUAUGCCUGGUUGUUGUUUGCGCUAUGUUUCUGGAUGCUUCCUUCUCUGACCUGGCGAGGUGUUUGUAUGACGAUGCGCAAUAUCAUACCGCGUUGGCAAACCGUCGAUGGAAAACAUCAUCUUAUAUACUACCCCACGAUGCCUGCAAUUCAGCAACUGCUCCCGGGGGUGAAUGCCGGACUGCCGUUAAAAUUGACGAACUUGCUUAUUCGAACACGAGACUUAGAAGAUCCCUGAGCGACAGUAAUUUACACCGCAGGACUAACGGCCCGAACGAAUCAUUCAACUGGCCAAACUCUACUGCCUCGAGCAAUUCCUCAUCUUACUACCAUCGUCUGGUUCUACUUCACGUACGGAUUCUGAAGAAUAUGAGAGAGACGUUUGUAUGA